ACAGGUCUGAGAACAGAACUGGAGAAGACCUUGGUAGACACUCCAGCGGUGUGGCAGGGAACAUCCAAACUGUUCCGGAACCUACGGGAACGAGGCAUCAUCGCUUACACCGAGUAUCUCUUUCUGCUCUGCAUUCUGACAAAGCCCCACGCAGGCUUCAAGAUCGCCUUCAACAUGUUCGACGCCGACGGAAACCAGAUGGUUGACAAGAGGGAGUUCCUAGUGCUGCAGGAGAUCUUCAGGAAGAAAAAUGAGAAGAAGGGGAGGAAAGGAGAUGUGGAGAAGUCAGCUCAGCUGAGUAUGCAGCUCUAUGGAUAUCAGGUUGCUCCCAUCAACAGCGUGGUUAAAAAAGACAGUCAUCAGUUUGUGGCCAGGAGCUAUUGGGACGUUCUGAGGCGCGGCGCCAGUCAAGCCCUGUUUUCAGACCUGGCAGAGGACUUUAGACUAAAGCGUGCGGAGGAGGGUAUGAUGAUUGACACCACACUCCUGGUGCACUUCUUUGGGAAGAAGGGGAAGGCGGAGCUGACCUUCGACGAUUUCUACAGGUUCAUGGAUAACCUCCAGACAGAGGUUUUGGAGAUAGAGUUCCUGACCUACUCUAAAGGCAUGACCACCAUCAGUGAGGAGGACUUUGCCCGCAUCCUGCUGCGUUACACCAACGUAGAGAACAUCAGCAGUUACCUGGACAACGUCCGCCAGAGCAUCCCUGACGAGAAGGUAGAGGAACACACACACACAUGAGAAGGUAGACUACAUCUAGAACCUUGAACCAUAGCAUGACACGAGUGUGGUCAAGCACUCUAUCCUCUACUUUCCUUUCCCCGCCCCGGCCCUCCCUCC